GGGGGAAGCUUCUGCUGAGCUGCCCGUGGCGCUAGUCCUCAAGACGCUCUUUCCCAGCUCCCCGCUCAGUCCAGCCCGGCAGGACCGCUUCGGGCGGCGGGGUGGGGACGGGCGGAGGCCCGAGGGAUUGGAGCGGGGAGCGCUUGGCGUUUCUCGGAUCCCCCCUCCCCCGCACACACACACACACACACACCCUUUCCCCAAAUCCCGGCUCGCAGAGGCUGUUUAGGACCCAGGAGUUGGAAGAGAGGCAGACGACAAGCAGCGACGUGACCAAGAGGGGGGGACACCGUGGAAUUUGAUGCUGCCACCCUCAGCCCGGGAACAGGUUCUCUUCCAUAACCUUUAGGAAUUUGGGGAAAUUUGCAUAAAACUCCUCCCUGCCUCUGACUGUCAUUCUGGAAUAAAUAUUUGGCCCAACAAAGAACAAAAUAUCUGGAUUUUCGCAAUCUGCUCCUGCUGACGCUGGACAUUCCCGCCUGGGUUUCGAUUGGAAGAAUGACAUGCAAGAUUAUCUGGCAAUCCUCAAAGUUUGCCAAGGAUUUUUUGGUGGGGAUUCGGGGAGCAGGAGACCUCCCUUGAAAUUAAAAUUAUCUGGAUUUAGAACCUCACUCUUCAGCCUUGUAGGGAGAAAGGAGUUCGCUGUUCUGGAAGGAGAUUACGUUUAUUUGGAAAUGCAUCAAAAUCCCUGGAGUUGCUUUUGCCGAUCCUCCUCGUUGGAAAUACAUGUCGGAUUUGUGGGCGAAUUGGAAUUUUUUUUGAGCUGGGUCGAUGCCAGCUCUUUUCGGAAUCUGGUGAAAGUUUAACUCAAAACCUCAAUAUUGAACAAAGCAGAGGAGCGGAGGAAAAUUGCAAAAUGUUAAAGAUAACUGCUGGUGAAUCUUGCUUGUUCUCAGGAAAACAAUAAAAGCUGCUUGCUGAAUAUUUUUGAAGAAAUUUCUGAACUGGCUCUUUUAAAAUAUAGAUAUAUAUUUAUACACAUGGAUUCAAGAGCAAAAGUUUGCGAGCAGAUGUGAUUCCACGAACUGUUGGUAAUUUGGGCCUGUUUGUUGCCAAAAGGAAAAACUUCUGAUUUCUUUUGUUGGAUUCCAUGACAUUGCAAAAUCUGACUGUUCUCCUUAUUCCGGUUUUUACAAGCUUUGGAAGGAAGAACUGUAAAUGUCUCUGGGCUGCUUUUCCACUUUCUGCUCGCUGCACAGAUCUGUGUUCCAGCUUGUCUUCUUUCGCUCAAGCUUUUUGGCCUGGAAGCAACCAGAGUUACUCAAGUCGCUUUCCUGGGCUAAUUUUGCUGACCCAGAGAUUUGGAAAACCUCAGAAAAACUGCUGGGGAAAUAAUCAUAGGGAAUUGCAAAUUGCAACUGGCAGAACUUCUGAGGAAGAACCACAUUCACUGCACACAAAAAAUAUAGGAACUACUGAUUUUAUUUAAAGAAUUUCUCCCUCCCCCUCCCCCACUUUGCAUUGGAAUAUUCAUCAGGAACCAGUUUGCCAAGGAUUCUUUAGAGAGUUAUAGCUUCUAUGUUUGCGGUUUGUUGGCCUCUUUAAGAUGACGAAAAAUCAAUUUUGAAUUUCUCAGGAUUUUUUUUUUCUUUUUCUGUAUGUUGUUGUUCUCCCUCCGGCCACAACGUACAGAGCAAAAGAGAAGAAUGCUUCUAAAGGCUGGCUUUAUUUUUUCAAGAGUCUUAAUAUAUUAAGGUGUCAUUCUGGUCUGCUGAAGCUGUUCAGGCCUUCCGAUUCCUUUGUUUGAUGUUGGAGGGCCAACAUGUCUACAAGUGCGCAGUUGUGUCGCGCUCUGUACGACAACACAGCCGAGUGUCCGGAUGAACUCUCGUUCCACAAGGGGGACCUCAUGGUCCUUCUCCAGCCAGAAGGGAUCGGCCUGGAAGGCUGGCAUUUGUGUUCAUUGCACGGCCAACAAGGGAUCGUGCCAGCCAACAGGGUUAAGGUCCUCCCUGAGCCGGGAUCUCACCCAAACCACACCUCUGCAGAGGUCUACCAGGUGCCGAAGAAGGACGGUCUUCUGGUGGGAAGGGUCUCAGACGGAGCCGUAGACGAGUGGAGAAGAAGAGAACAAAGGAAAGAAGAACAGGAGGUGUAUGAGAUACCGCCGCCCGCCCGGCCCUGCCCGCUGCCCCCAGAGGGCAUCUACAGGGUGCCUCGGGGUACCAGAAGAGAAGAAGACUCUGUGGAGGUUUAUGAUGUACCCUCGUCUUUGCUCCGGGACGUGGUUUUGGACACGUACGAUUCUCCCGCCCCACGGGUCAAAAAAGUCGCCCGAGUAGCCCCCCAACCCAGCGCCCCUCCAAACGUGGACGAGGCCUACGACGUGCCCCUCGCUUUCAAAAAGGCUCUUUCCCAAGAGGAGGAAGAAGAGGACGAAGGAAGUUGCGAAGGGCCCCUGAUCUACGCCAUCCCGUCUAAUUUACGCCGGGCUUCAGCCUUGCUUAACUUGUACGAGUCUCCCGAAGACCUCCGGGCAGGAGGAAAGGAGGGAGAGGAGGAAGAGGAAGAUGGGGCCAUUUAUGACGUUCCUCUGCUGACGCCCAGCACCCCACCUUUGGAGGGAACCCUCCAAGGACUCAACCUAAGGGACUCAGGACCCCCCACUCGCCCCCGGCUACCGUCCGCGGAGAGCCUAUCCCGCCGUCCGCUGCCCGCUCUUCCGAGCGAGGAGCGGCUUUCUGGAGAGCCUCCACCUCCGUCGCCCAGCAUCGUGCGGAAGGGCAGUAUCCAGGACCGGCCGCUGCCUCCCCCUCCGCCCCGGCUGGGGGGUCUCGGGGCAGGGGAGCCGCUGGACCAAGCCAGGGACGACGUCCACAAUGAAUACGAGGGGAUCCGUCUGGCUGACGAGUACGAUUAUGUCCAUUUGAAGGGGACUGAUAAAAUCCAGCAGAAAGCAACCACACCCGAAGCCAGCCCCACACUUAUGGUCCCGGAAGAAGAGGCAACUCCCACCGAAGAAAUGGCGCCGCCAUCCCCGGAGGACAGCCAGCUGCUGCAGUUCUACACGGGGCAGUGCCAGACGCACUACCGCACCCUGCUGUCCGCCAUCGAAGCGCUCUCGGCCAGCGCCGGGGCCCACCAGCCGCCCCGCGUCUUCGUGCCGCACGGCAAGUUCGUCAUCGUCACGGCGCACAAGCUGGUCUUUGUGGGCGACACCGUCUCCCGCCUGGCGUCUUCGGCGGCCGUGCGGGCCAGGGUGGGCUCCGCCAGCACCGCCCUCUGCCAAGCCUUGAAGGAGGCGGUCCUCUCCGUCAAGAGCGCCGCUUUGCGCUACCCGUCGCCCCCCGCCGCUCGCGAGAUGCAGGGAUGUGUAGCCGAGUUGUCACGCCAAGCUCUGGCCUUCACCACCUUGCUGGGCGCCCUGGCGCCCUCUUGAUCCGGGACUCCGCAGAGCUGCUGCUGCUCUACCCGGAGGUGGACGAUGGGUCUCUCUUUCUGCGGAGGGUGACCGAGGAUGCUGGCGGGGCCCAUCCUGGCUAGCAACGGUUCCUGGAAUCGGUACGGGAUGUUCAGCUCGUCCAUCCUUCCAAAACGCGCGGGCUCAAAAGCGCCCCGUUGUAUCUCAAGGACCUAACCUUGGCCUCCUUCCUUGUGCGCUGCAACCUUCCUAGCCAAAGAACCCCCCCCCCCAAUUUCGGCCCUUCUACGCCAGCGUCUCUCGAACUCGGGACCCCCUCCGCUGCCGGACUUCUGAACGGGCUCUUUAUUCCUGAAGGGCGACCCCCAUAAUCCACGGGGACAACUGGAUUGAGGCUGUGGGUUAAAGGGGGGGAGAGGAAACGGGGGGACCUUGGCUGCUUUCUGGACACUCCCGAUGGUCAAAAGGAAAGGAACAGCACUCGUUCUCGCUCUCGAACGCUCUCUCUGGACACUCCCAGAGGCUUAACAGGAAGGGAGGAAGAAGAAAAUGGCUGCCAAAUGGGGUGUCUCAUUGCCAGCCCCCCCCCCCUUUGCCCUCCCGAUAAGCUGCAAUAAAGGACAUUAUGUCAAGGAUUGGAAAGGCCAACAAUAUAAAAGGCUAUUAAUUAGAAGACUAUUUCUCAACCUUGAUCCCUUCAUGAGGGGUGGACUUCAACUCCCAGAAUUCCACAGCCAGCUUUGCUGGCUGGGGAAUUCUGGGAGUUGAAGUCCAUCCCUCAUGAAGGGACCCCAGUUGAAAACAGACUGAAUUCGCAGAAACACCUUCAGAAUAUAAGUAAACGGGGACAAAGUAUUUUUUUUUUUCUCUCAGGAAAUAUUUCCCAGAAUCUCUCUAGGUUUGAUGAUAAUAAAAUAGGUGGAAAAAA